AUGUCGGAACAAGUCAUGGACGACGUCUCCAAGUUUUUGCAGGAUGUCAAGGAGAUGAAUGCCCGCCGCACCGAGGAGGACGACGCCCGUCAGCGCGAAUUGGACGAGAAGAUCCAGCAGGAGAAGAGGGAACGCCAGGCUCGUCGUGCCGAACGCGCCCGAUCCAUUUCCCCUCAGAAGUCAUCCCCGGCCAAUACCCCACCACCCUCGUCUCAACGCAACACCACGCAGCUUUCCGAUGAUCUGAGGCUGUCUUCACCUGGCCUCGAACAGACCGGAAGCCCUCGAUCUCGUGGUAUCACGGCCUCUGACACCAUGGAGAGCUUCUCCUCCACCUCCCCCACCAAGGAGAACGAUUCACCCUUCGAUGCUGAUACCAAGCGAACGAGCGUCACCUCUCCUACCGGCAGCGUACAAGGAGCGCGACCGCUCUCCUGGCAGAGGCGUCCCAACUCGCAACACUCCGACCGAUCCAAGAGCCGUCCCCUCUCCGUCGUCGCCGCCGAGAACGCUGCGAGGACCUCGCCAAACCCGCCUUCUGACCCCGCCUCCGCAACCGAGCAGUCCUUCUCCAAGGACCAGAUCGCCCAGGCAUUGGGAUCCAAGGACCCCUCCUGGUUCCGCCAGACGGCCGACAGAGCUAGCGUUGCCUCCGCCGCCAGCCGCAAGAGCCAAGUGGAAGACACAGAUACAACCGACAUGUCGGCCAUGCGCCAGCAGCUCCCAGGCAUGAGCCGCAGCUCAUCCACCGAUCUCGCUCCAGAAAGUUCGAGUCCUACGAAAGGCCUGGCAUCUCCGCUGUCAUUAAGCUCCGCGCAAAGACUCGAUCCCCCUGCCGAGAUCUCUCCCGAAAAUGACAAGCGAGCGUCAGCCCUGUCGUCAGGAUCAGGACGCGCAUCGCCUACAAGACCUGUCUCGCCGACGAAGGGCAUGGGCGGCUUUGUGCAGAGUGCCAUGAUGAAGAGGUCAGACAGUGUAAAGAGAUGGAGUGUCACGUCUCCUACUGGGCUCGUCCGUGCCGACUCCGCCGCUUCAAGCCGGACUGGUGAGUCUCGAUCACGGCCGCAAAGUAUGGUCAUUCGCGAUGGAGCGUCCACUCCUACGAGCACAAGCAGAGCUCGUUCCCGUUCUCGCCCUGCGUCUCGCCACGCCUCUCGUCCUGCUUCACGCCAUGGUCCUACAGCAGAAGAAAAUGACCUGGAAACCACCCCCAAGGCACCUGUCGCCGAUCCCACUCCGGAUCCGAAGCCGACCGAAGACGACGAGGACAAGGUGACACCACCGUCAAGUCCGUCCAAGACCAUGGAUUCCAGGAGAUGGAGCCCGACCAAAGCUAGCUGGCUGGAGACAGCACUGAACAAGCCAGAGUCGCCGAAGCCGAAGCCGCCGCCCACAACGAAUCAACCGGCGUGGAUGGUCGAGCUGAACAAAGCAAAGGCGCAAAAGGCUGCCAGUGGGAGUGUUGAUCUUGGGCGAGCCGGAUCCGUCUCCUCCCAAAAGCACGAGGUCAAUAUUGGCGGGCUCAUGCGGUCGUCACCCAUGGGCGGUCAUACCUCCAAGCCCUCUGUCAGUGGGCUGAAGGGCAUCUUUACUCCACCAACUGAGACAUCACAUAGAUCAAGCGGCAGCAUCAGUGGAAGCAGCUUCCGCAAUAGUCAAAUCAAGAGCCCGAUCAAUGACGCCAAACCUGAGGGAGAAAUUGGAGAUAUCCCGAAACGAUCGUCAGUCAGUGACGGCCCUGCUGCUGCAAAGGUCAAGCCCGAGACCCCACCAAAGAAGGAUUUCCGUGCCGGCCUCAAGUCUCGGAACCCCUCUGGCGAUGCAGGGUCAUCCAAGGAACAGCCUAACGAACUAGCAAACGUCUUUGGUAAUCUGCGUCGAACCAAGACUCAAAACUACGUUGCCCCAGAUGAGCUCAAGGGUAACAUCCUUCGCGGAAAAGCAGGUCUCAACAUUACCGGUGGCCCCAAGCCCAGCGAGCGCAAGGACGAGUUCAAGGAUGCAAUCCUGAAGAAGAAGGAAGAUUUCAAGGCUGCCCAAGAACAAGGCAGAGGCAUCGCUCGCAGUAAAUCCAACGCGGCCGAUAGACCGGUGCCUGAGGCCUUGCUGAAGAAGGCUGAAUUUAGCAAAUCUCUUUCCUCCAGGCCAGACAUGUCAGACUACACGAUGGAACAUCGCAAAUCUGUCAGCGGGCGGCCUCAGUCCAUGUCGAGAGACGAGCCAAAGGAUGACUCCGCGGCGCCCUCGCCGUCAUUCAAGUCUCCGGCGGAAUCGAUCAAGUCUCCCACCGGCUCGGUCACCUCUCCGGGUAUUCAGAAGGAGACCAGUCCCCCAGCCCGCCUGCAAGGCCGCGCUGCGGCUGGUGGGCUUGCAAACCGUUUCAACCCUGCGCUUGCCGGGCUUCUGGCUCGCGGUCCGCUACCCAUGGCCGGAGGGAAAGACUCUGAAAAGUCGGAGGGUUCCGGCGCCUCGGCUUCUUCAGAGCCCACGACACCGGGCCCGCAGCUGACGCACAUGACCAAGGGCCGUGCUCGUGGUCCGAGGAGAAAGGCUCCUACAAAGGCUGCAGCUCCUGUGGAGUCUCAGUCAAGCCCGGCGCCCGCUUCGCCGGUCAAGGAUGAGGAGCCGGUCGUGAUGGAGGAGCCCAAGAAGAGCCCGGUGAAGGAAGCGCCUCCUUCAAUCCAUGCCCAAGUCGCUGCCCAAGCGGCUUUGAAGAGCCGGCCGGCUCCUCUCAAGUCGUUCGAGAAACCCGUCGAAGAACCUGAAAAGCCUGCCGAGAAGUCUGCGGAGAAGCCAGUCUUCAGCCCCAAAGAUGCUGAACCGGUGCCGACCCGCAGGUCAAGGUCCCCCACCAUGAAGCUUCAGUCUUCCCCCAUCAAGCUUCAGGAGGAAAAGCCGGUUGAGCCUACCGCCCAGCCCACGUCACCUAAGAAGCUGGAUAUGAAGAGGAUGUCGAUAUUCUUGGAUGACACCACCCAGGCUAGCCCCAAGCCUGAGAGCCCCAAGAGGGCCGAGAGUCCAAAGAGGGCCGAAAGUCCAAAGAGGGCCGAGAGUCCAAAGACGGCCGAAAGUCCUAAGAGGGAAAAGCCGAGAAAGGAGAGCCCCAAGCCCGAUAGUCCUGUGAGGGAGAUCCCCCAACCGAGCAGCCCUAAGAAGGAGAGUCCCGUUUCUACGCCGAGGUUCGAGCCCAAGCCGGUCUUCGAGAAGCCUCUUAGCCCUACACCGCAGAAGGUUGAGGAAGCUUCCCCUGUCAAGACUUCUGGACGGCCUCUACCAGAGCCCAGGCCCAGUUCUCCGCGCAAGUCGUUUGCGGAACCCCGCGAGGAGCCCGCGCAGCCCACUCCGAUCAAGACGUUCGGGGCGCGGCCGUUGCCUGAACCCACCUCCAGGUCGCCAGUUCGAUCUCCCAUCAGAUCCCCGCCUCCGAAUGACUACAGCCCUCACGUGGCGCCUCUCCGCCUCUCGCGGCCUAGCUCACCUCUAAAGAUGGCACCGAACGACAAGGUCGACAGCGAGCCAGUCGUGUCUGUCAAGAACGCCACAGCCAUGUUUGGAGGAUCCGUGGCACAGUCACCGCCGCUCGUGAAGUCGCCUCCUCCCAUGAGAUCACCUGUGAGGUCGCCACUGAACUCGCCUCCCGUUGAGAACAUCUCCCGCUUUGACAACCCCGCGCCUCCUGUGGAGAGAACCAGCACCCCGAAGGCCGCUGCCAGGCCACUGCCGCUUCCCCCGAAGCCAUCUUCCCCUACGCCCGUAACAUCGCCGAUGCGAUCUCCGACCAAGCAGGGACCGGAUGUGUCGACCAUGCUGGAUGACUUUUUCGGCACACCGAGACCGCAGAGAGAGUUCCGGGUUGAUACUGCGGAAAUUCUCAUGAAUAAGCCCCAGGCUCGCAACAUCCAGGGCCAGGGCGGUCGGCUAUUCCAAAUCACUGGCGAUGGCAAGAAGAUCCCCGUGCCGGCGCAUAACGAGCGCAUCCUGUUUGAGCGGGAAAUGUACAUCUGCGCCUUUACCUUCACAAACGAAACCGGCAGAAAGGCAACGGAGGUGUACUUCUGGGCGGGCGACGAGGUGCCCGACGCCACUGCCGAAGAUGCCUCUCUGUUUGUGAACCGGGAAGCCAGGUCUCUCGGCGGAAAGGUUGUGAGGAUGCGCCAGGGCAGAGAAACCCCUGAAUUCAUCCUGGCACUUGGCGGCAUGAUUAUCAUUCGCCGGGGCACCAGCACCAAGUACGACUCUCUGGCGCCUAGCAUGCUCUGCGGCCGUCGUACCCUCGGACAACACACCUUUGUGUUUGAUGAGGUCGACUUGUCCUCGGCGAGCCUCUGCUCAGGAUUCCCCUUCCUGAUCGCAACCUCAGGAAAGUGCUACCUGUGGAAGGGCAAGGGUAGUGAUGUGGACGAGCAGAGCUGCGCGCGUCUCAUAGGUAUGGACUUGACUUUGACGGGCGAGCUCCUGGAGAUCGACGACGGCAGUGAGCCGGACAGCUUCUGGGGCAUUUUCGACGGCGGCUCAAAGGCUACGUCCGCGGACCAUUGGCGCUUGAAGCCGAGCUACGACAAGUACUGUCAGCGCCUGUUCCGGUCUAACGCGGCUUCAAAGCAGCAGGUCGUUGAAAUCGCCCCGUUCACUCAAGCAGAUCUGGACCCCUCGGGAAUCUACGUCCUGGACGCCUUCUUUGAGAUGUACAUCAUUGUUGGCAAGUUCGCCCAGAGUCAGUACAGCUCGUUCCGCAUCGCCCUCGACUUCGCACAGGAGUAUGCCAUCUUGGCCAGCGGCAUGGAAGACCGCCCCUUCAUUCCCAUCUCCACGGUCGUCCUCGAGGGUAUCCCCAAGGACCUCAAGAGCGUCUUCCGCAAGUGGCGGGACGAGGCCAGCCCGACCAUCAUGCCCGUGAGGAGCGGAAGCUCAAGUCCCUUGAAGCGUGGGAGGAGUCUGCGCGUGGUGCCCCUGACCCAGGCACUCCAGGCGCUUAGUGAGUAA